GAGCUUUACCUAAAAAAAAUAGAGAAAGUGAGGGAGGAAGGAUAAUGGAGAGAAAGGAGGAAGAAAGGGUGUGCGUGACAGGAGCCGGAGGGUAUAUUGCGUCCUGGGCAGUGAAGUUACUACUCUCAAAGGGUUAUGUAGUUCAUGGAACUGUUAGAGACCCUUGUGAUGAAAAAAAGAAUGGUCACUUGAAGAAAUUGGAAAAAGCCUCAGAAAAUCUGCUUCUCUUUAAGGCAGACUUAUUUGACUAUGAAGGUCUCUAUGCUGCCAUUGCCGGAUGCACUGGGGUUCUUCAUGUUGCCUCUCCAGUUCUCUCCGACAAUCCAUCUGUCAAUUCUGAGGUAGAACUGGUUGAACCAGCUAUAAAAGGUACUCGAAAUGUACUGAAUGUAUGUUUGAAGGCUAAAGUGAAGAAGGUUGUGGUGGUGUCAUCUGUUGGUGCUGUUUUGCAAAAUCCUUGUUGGCCCAAGGAUCAGCCCAUGGAUGAAAAUUGUUGGAGUGACACGGAAUUUUGCAAAUCAACUAAGAUAUGGUAUGCCCUUGGCAAAACUAUUGCAGAAAGUGAGGCAUUGGAGUUUGCAAUGAGAAAUGAACUCAACGUUGUCACAAUUUGUCCGUCCCUUGCUUUCGGGCCAAUGCUGCAAUCAACCUUGAAUUACAGCAGCUCAUUUCUCGUAAGUUAUUUGAAAGGUGGAAGCGAACCAGUAAGUGGUCGAGAUCAGCAAGUAGUAGACGUGCGUGAUUUUGCAGAAGCGCUUAUCCUGCUUUAUGAAAAGCCUGAGGCAGAGGGAAGAUACAUAUGUUCAUCCUACACGAUUCGGGCAAAGGUUUUGGUGGAAAAACUGAAGGCAAUGUAUCCCAACUACGAUUACCCCAAAAAUUUUACAGAGGAAAUAGGAGGCCGAUUUGAUGUCAAUUGCAAGAAGUUGCAGGAUUUUGGAUGGAAGUAUAGGCCAUUAGAGGAGAGUAUAGUUGAUGCCGUGAAGAAUUUCGAAGAAUGUGGUCUUUUGGUUGGUAAUAAAGACUAA